AUGGACGACGAUGAUGAUUUUGGUGCAGAUGCGGACUUCCUAACAGCUCUCGCACAAACCCCUGUUACAGCUCCAUCUACAAACCGCGUUCAACAACCUACCCCGCAACGCGUCCAACAGCCUACUCCACAGCGUCUUGAUCGAGCACCACCAACAAAUAAUGCCUCCGCAGGUCCCAAGGUUGUUCAACCAAUUCCACAAGCUAUCGCAUCGCGCUCUUCUGGCUCGACAAUUCAAGUAUCUCUGCGGCAGAAAGGCAAUCCAAUACUGACAAAUCUCAAAUCCUUUCCAUGGGAAUACUCAGAUAUAUUGGCCGAUUAUGUGCUUGGCACAACAACAUGCGCACUCUUCCUAUCACUCAAAUACCACCGAUUACAUCCCGAAUAUAUAUACAAUCGAAUUAAAGGUUUGCAGGGUAAAUACAAUCUGCGAGUACUUCUUACAAUGGUUGAUAUUGGAAAUCAUGAAGAGAGUUUAAAGGAACUAUCCAAGACAAGUCUGGUGAAUAAUGUUACCGUCAUAUUAUGCUGGUCCGCUCCUGAGGCUGCAAGAUACCUUGAGUUAUACAAGAGCUACGAACAUGCAAAUGCUAGUGCUAUAAAAGGCGUUGAAAGUAAGAGUUAUGGAGAUAAAAUGGUAGAUUUCAUUACCGUUCCAAGGAGUAUCAAUAAACGAGACGCUGUGGCAUUGGUUGAUGCAUUUGGAAGUAUCAGAGGUGCUAUCAAUGCAAGACCUGAGGAGAUUGCUGUUGUUGAUGGAUGGGGAGAGAAAAAGGUUAGAAAGUGGUGCGGGGUUGUUGAUGAACCAUUUAGAGCACGAAAAGCAGCUCGUAGAGGUUUGAGCAGGAAGGAAGUAACAGACGAUGGGCUGGAACGGCCAGAAGGAGUUUUAGAACGUGCUAUACCUUUGAGUCGUGUUCCGCUGAGGGAAAUGAGCUCCUUGGGAGGAAAAUCUGUUGAAUCUCUACAUCGAAGCCAGAACCUCUCUGAGGAACGACAGGAUGAACGGAUACCAGGUGAUGAUGACGAAGAGGCUGCAAUCUCGGCCGCUCAGCAAGAAGAAGAAAGAGCAGCUCGAGAGAAAAAGCAAGAAUUGGCGAGGAGAGAUGAAGAGCUCAGUGGAGGGGUCGCCGCAGCUUUAGCAAAAUUACGAGAGAAACAUUGA